CAACUCGAGAGCAUAGAGACAAAAAGUACAACAUCUUAUUGUAAGAAAAGUAUUAAGCCGUGCAGAACCAUCGAUUUUGUAAUAAAAGAUCCUGGCCGUCAACUUUCUCCAACCAAACGUGUGAACAUGAAAAUAUUAUAAAAAAAUUACACAAGCUUCGAUCUGAAUCAUAUAGGGACCAGAGUGAGAGCUUCAAGAAUAUUUUUAGUCGACAAGCAAGAAGAUGAGUUUUUCUUCAAGACCCGUUUCAAGUCCGGGUCGAGCCGAAAACCCACCUCUACUUAUGCGGUUUUUACGGACCAACGCCGGAAGCAGAAGCAGACACCGUUCCCGCGCCCGUCCCCGUUCAAAAAGACCUAUAUUUUUCCGGCGGAAAAACGCGACGGAGACACAAGAACCGUCUUCACCUAAAGUCACAUGCAUGGGUCAAGUAAGGAUAAACCGGUCGAAGAAGAAACCUAAACCCGGAACUAACCGGGUCAACGGAGGUCACUUGCAUGGCGGUGCAACGGAGAACCGCCAGCGGCGUAGACGGUGUGGAUGGGUCAAGAACGCGUUUUCCUGGCACCCUUUCUCCGGGAAACUAAAACCGACUUGCUUCACCCCUGCUUGGCGCAAGUGGAAGUCGUUUACUAAUGUUAGUUUCUCGAGAAAGUCAGAGAAGAGAUCAGCGUCGUCGAGGAGUGAGCCUAUCUUUAGCCGCUCAACGGUGGAGCCAGAAGAACGUGAGGAGGUUCGAAAGAAAGAGCGUAAACAAGAAGAGGAGGAUGAAGCAGAUUCAGAUAAGUCAUUCCCAGCUACCCCUCCGAGAAACGCUUUCUUACUAACUCGAUGUAGAUCUGCUCCGUAUAGAUCUCCUUCAUUGGGUGAUAACUUCUUGGAAGAAGAAGAGACAAAGGAAUCUCACUUCCAACGACAUGGUAAUGACGUCGUCAUUGCGUCGCCGGAGAAUGUGUCGGUCUCGAGUGUUACGGAAGAAGUGAAACGGUGCGUUUUGGGAUCGUCACGAAGACGGUGUAUGGUACUCACGCGCUGUAAGUCGGAGCCUGCGAGGCUCGGAGAAAAACUCGUACCCGAGAACCGAAGGUUGGGCUAUACGUAAUAAUAAUGGGUUUUACAUUUUUUUUAUUAUUUCUUGUAUUUUCACUGAGAAAUUUAAAUGGAAUACGAAUACUAUAUUCUUUGUUGGAUUUUUUACUUUGGAAAAUUUUCGCUGAAAUUUAGGGCAUUAAAAGUUUUCUUUACCCUAGAGAAUCUUGUGGUUCCCUGCAGGCGAUGUAAUAUUUUUCUAGUGUCCCCAUCUAUGACAUGUAAUUAAACAAAUAAUUUCGUUCGUACAAUUAUAUAGAAUUAUUUUGUGCUA